CGGAGCCGAGCGGAGCGGAGCGGAGCGGGACGGGACGGGAGGAUCCGCCGCCGCAGGGGUGCCUACACCACAUCCCCCUCUCCAGCAGCCGCAGCAGCGCCUGGAUCCCGCUCCCGGUCUGGCCGCGCCAGGGGAAGGCUGGCUUUUACGACCAGCAGCGGGACUAGCAUGGGAGAAGCCUUCCCCGGGCAUGGGCAGUGCUAAGGAGCCCGAGGGGCUGCAGCUGCUGAGCCGCCAGGCCGGGGCCGAGGACACCUGCGAGCCCAGCGCCAGCUCCCCUGGCUGCCCACCGGUGGGCGAGUGCCUGCCCGGCUCCGGCUGUGCCGCGGGGAGCCGUGCCAUGAGGACCUGCUGCGUGGCUGAGCUGGAGGCCCAGGGCACCAUGGCCAGCCCAGCGGUGGAGAAGGUGCCAUCACCGACGGGACCGGCUCCCAGCACGCUUCUCCCAGACGCUGGCGUGGAGCCAAGUGUGGCGGCAGUGACGGGGAGCUGCGGGGGACCAAGUGGCGUUGCCCCUGCCUGUGGUCCCGUGGGGAUGGGGGUCCCCAGCACCCAGAAGGAGAACACAGCCCCCGUGCCCCCCCUGCCCGAGCCCUGCCUCAAGGCACCCAGCAAGGACAUGGGGAGCGUGCCGGCUCCUGCCAAACACGUGGCGUUCGUGGAGCCUGCCGUGGGCACCGGAGCAGCUGAACUUCCAAGCCAGGAGCAGCCCCAGGAUGGCACAGGGACGUCCUUGGGCGCUGCGCCCCAGCUAAGGGGCAGCGAGGCUCCCAAGCACCCCCAGGGGGGCACGGCAGACCCCGCUGGCACCGGCACUGCGGGGAGCGGGGGCCAAAGCGAGGCAGGGCUGAGCCCUGCUGCCCUGGGCCAGGGCAGAGCUGAGGGGAGCCCAGCCCAGGGUGCGGAUGCCGGGAGCAGCCAGCAGCCCCGGACAGCCAAGCUGCUCUGUGAGUCCUACUCCUUCAAGGUGACCCCACCGCAGGACGCCGGGAUGCAGGACACGGGGACGCAAGUGGACAGCCGAGCGUCCCUGGUGUCGGUGGCCUUGAGCCCCAUGAGCCCCCCGGGUGGGGCUGCUGCCUUCACCUUCCCCAGGAGAGAGCCGGGCUCUGUUGCCCCCCCCGCACCAGAGCCCUCCAAGAAGGACGCGGAGAUGCAGGUGUCCAUGCCUGUGGAGACCCGCUCGGUGGCCACUGGGCCCAUGACGCCGGUGGCCAAGUCCCCGCAGGCCUCGUACCCCGAGGUGCAUGUGAAGGGGACAGUGGCAGAGGAGGCUCCGGAGCCCAUCCGGGAGGUGAGCUGGGACGAGAAGGGGAUGACGUGGGAGGUGUAUGGGGCCUCCAUGGAGGUGGAGGUGCUGGGCAUGGCCAUCCAGAAGCACCUGGAGAAGCAGAUCGAGGAGCACGGGCGGCAGGUGGUGAUGACCCCUCAGAGCACCCGUGCCGGCUCCGUCAAGGGAGCCCCCCGCAAAGGCGAAGCCAAGAGGCAGCCCAGCAUCUUUCGGGCUCUGCUGCAAAACGUCCGGCGGCCCCGGUGCUGCUCCCGCACCGGCCCCGCCAUGGAGUGAGCCGCUGCCCGCGCCGGCGGGGUGGGGGUGCCGCGGGGCUUCUCGGGGGAAGCGGGGAGGGCUCUCUGCCCCGGUGUCCCGAGACGCCCGCUGCCAGUGUGCGGGGCUCCUGGGGCUGGGGCAGGCGGUGAUGGAGCACUGCACGCUGGGGCAAGGCGUCUCCUUUGCCGGGGGUCCCCCUGCCAGCCUGGUGUCCCCCCACCAGCCUAGCCCCGUGGAGGUGCCCUGGGACGUGAGGCUGGUGUCCUGUCUCUGUGCUUGGUGGCUUUUUUCAGCACGAGGAAGCACGUGGCUCCUUCUAGCCGGAGAUGGCUGCUCCGUGGCAUCUCCUGCCCGUGGCACAGGUCUGGACGUGGCUCAGGGUGGGCACGGGCAGGUCGCUGCUGGCUCCCCCGAGCUCUGGCCUCGCUCGCACACCAGGCAGCAGCGUUGCUCCCUGUGCUGGAGAGACGCUGGUGCGUCGCCGUGCCACCGCUUUGCCUGCCCAGGGCUCGGCCACGCUCUGACCAGCCCAUGGCUGUGCACACGCGGGUCUCCGUGGCUGCCCGGUGCAGGGGCGUUCAGCCUGGACCUCCACAGCCCUGUCCUCUCUGCCCCACUGCCGUGCCGUGGGUGCCCCGGAGCUCGGAGGAUGUGGCCACGCAGGGCACCGGGACAGAUCUCAAAUGGGAGAGACUGGGGCCAGCUACGGCUGUGGUGGAGAGCCGCUCAUCCCCGUCACUGUGGCUGGAGGCGCUUGGGGAGUCUGUCCCCAUGGCCCCCAGCUCACCCUGCCUGGGGAUCUGCCUGGGAGCGGCCGUCAGAGCCCUUGGCACGUCCUCGCCAUGGCUGGUGGUGGGGAUGAAGGCUGCCCUGCCACCGGGCCUGUCCAGCUGCCCCGGUGCCAGAGAGGCACCACAUGCUGGGGAUGUGGAUGCGUGUCCCUGUGCGGGUCCCUCCAGCCCUGCUGGCUGCUCUCGUCUGAUGGCAGCCAGGGAUGCGAAGGCUGCAAAGCGCUGCCACUUUUUACAGCUGGGGUUUUACAGGGUGGGGGGUGGGGGGGCUUUUAUUGAACCGUGUUUGCAUUUUUGGAGCUUUUUAAGAGACACUUUCAGCCAUGCGCGUCCUGCCUGGAGUCACCUCCUCCCUGGUGGCCUGCAGGGCCGUGACCCUCUUUUCAAACACUUUUCCUAUGUUGCCUGCGCCCCGCCGGCCUGGAGAGCGUCGGGAGCAAAGGGUCGGCGUGCGGGGGGGUGAGCAUCCCCGUGGCCAGCAGCACCACGGCGUCCUGCCGAGACAUGGGUCCUGGCCCCUCCAGCCUGGCCCCAUGCAGAGGACCAGCCCCGCAGUGCCGCAGCGAGGGGGGGCCCAGGUCUGUGCCCAUCUGUGCCCUACACCUGAUAGGCAGGAGGCUGCAAACGGGGGUGCUUGAGGAGCUGCACCAUCCCCUCUGGGCAGAGGUGCAGGAGAGCUUAAGGUGCCAGGGCCAUCAGUGCAGCCACUUCCUCUCUUUAAGGGGCAAGUCUUGCCCCCCCAGACCCCUGUUGUACAUCCUGGGCUUGCUUUGGGCCUGCGGGGCUGUCUCUUGCCCCGGGGGGUGUGCUGCGAAGGGCUCGCUGAAGCACCAGCUGGCAGUCAGAGCUGCGGCUGGUGCCUGCUCUGUGCUGGCUCUGCUCAGUGCCUUGGGCUGCGGGAACGGUGCCAUGGGCACUCGGGGAAGACAGGGAGCCCUGGGGCAUCCCCCCCCCCCCCCCCGCCCCGGGCUGUCCCCCACCUCCAGCCCCGAGCUGUGGCACACCAGGCUGCAGCACACUGGCGUUGCGGCUUCAUCACCUACUUUCUUUUUUUCCUCUUCACUUCUUUUUUUGGGGGCGGGGGGAGGAAGGGGGCGGGAGGACCAACCUGUCAAUGUGGAUGUUGGGUAAUAAAACCUUGCACAAACCUC